UGUCACCUCAGCUUCUCUCACAGGACAUCCAUUUCAUUUUUUCACACUUUCACGACAAUUAAAUUACUAAAUAAAAAAAAAACAAAAACAAAAACAAAAACAAAUCGCUUCCAUUUCAAUUCAAUUUUCUGCGCUCUCGGCUUCAAAUUCUAUCAUCUCUUUCUUUCUUUCUUUCUGAUAUCUAAUAAACCUACUAACCAGGGAACCAAAAUAUAGCCUCCACCAUGAAUAUCUUCAGAUUCCUCGGGGAUAUGACUCAUUUGAUCAGUAUUCUAAUUCUGCUUCUCAAAAUCUACGCAACCAAAUCUUGCUCAGGGAUUUCCUUGAAGACGCAGGAGCUGUACGCCCUGGUGUUUUUGGCGCGGUACUUGGAUCUGUUCACGGACUUUAUAUCCGUUUACAAUUCUGUAAUGAAGGUGGUGUUCAUUGUGAGCUCACUUGCAAUUGUAUGGUGUAUGAGGAGGCAUCGUGUUGUGAGACGUUCUUAUGACAAAGAACUGGACACAUUUCGUCAUUACUUCCUUAUCGCUGCAUGCUUUGUGUUGGCUUUAUUCGUACACGAGAAGUUCACAUUUAGAGAGAUCUUUUGGGCAUUCUCAAUAUACUUGGAGGCGGUAGCAAUUCUUCCUCAGUUAGUAUUACUUCAACGAAGUGGGAAUGUGGAUAAUUUGACAGGGCAAUAUGUUUUCUUUCUCGGUGCUUAUCGCGCUUUCUACAUCCUCAACUGGAUUUACCGCUACUUUUCAGAGACGCAUUUCAGUCGAUGGAUAUCUUGCGUAUCUGGUAUUGUCCAGACAGCUCUCUACGCAGAUUUCUUUUACUACUACUUUAUUAGCUGGAAAAACAAUGCAAAGCUUCAGCUGCCAGCUUGAGCCAGAUGUCAGUGUUUUGAGGUUUCAAACUUCACAAACUGAAUCACUGCUUAGUUUUUGUAAGGGUGGUUGGUAUGCCAUUUGUGCCAGUUGAGUUUGUAUGGCACAGAGAGGUUAUGUUACAGUAGUUUUUGGGGGUUGGGAUGGAUUCCCUUGUGUAAACGUUGAUGAGGUUGGUGGUGGGUUCAUUGGAGUUGCCCAUCUCACAGACUUUUAGAUUAGAUCAAAUACCCAUGUUGAUUUAAGGUGCUAAUUUUUACAAUACCAGCAGCCUUCUGUUAAAUUUGUGUCAAGAUGCUAUUUGGAAGGGCCAAAUUCAGAUUUGACUAACUACACAGCUAGAUCCAAUGUAGAUACAGUUAACUAAGUCGUAUUUGUUUGCAGAAUAGUUAGUUGCAUUUCUGGUUUUGCAAACUAUUUUCAUUUUCCCUUUUUGAAUGCUUCAUUAAUAAAGAGUUCGGAUUUUAGCCA